AUGGAUAAAAAUAUACUUCGUUCACGUCAAAAAGUAGCAAAAUAUAUUUUUUGGACAAGUUUUUUUGCCAUUGGUCCAAUGGUUAUGUUUUUUCCCAUGGUGAAAUUAGUUAUUCAUGGUUAUGAAGUAUUAAUACUUAGUUUACCAAGUCCAAUUAUAGUUUGCCCUUCAUUAAGUACUGUUGGAAAAUUAAUUAUUAGUUUAUUAUCAUUUCAAUUAGAAGAUCCUCUAUUACGAUUAUUAAUACUUUCAUGUGGUACUUGUGCUGUUAUGAUUGAUCUUUGUACAAAUCUUAAUUCAUGA